UCGCAGUCUGGCCGGACCCUUCGGUUCUUUUUUAUCUUUCGCCCCCGUCUUCGUCCCUGGCCACUCCGUCUUCGUCCCUCCGGUUUCCUCCUCCUUACUCUCUUCCACGCCGAGAGUAAUAUCCUCUUGCCUCUCGCUUUUCUCUCUCUCUCUCUCUCUCCGUCUCUCCCUCCCUCUCCAUCCUUCGCCCAUCCUUUGCCAGUCGAACCCACCGGUCGCUACCUACCUCUCCUCGACUGCCUCUUCCGUCCCCGGCCUCCACCACCCUCUCCACCGUGCGGUCUGGCUGCUCGCGAUGCGAAUGCACUAGAACCGCACCCGCUAUUAAUACACACAAUAAGUACUUUUAUCUCCGGGCCAUGUCCAACAAGUUCAGCAUACGGGACCCGUCCCCGAUGAAUUCAUCACGAGUUUGGAAGAAGAAGUUCGCACGCUACUUCCUCGUCGCCUGCUUGGUGGGAGCGUUCUUCCUUUUCGGUCCGCGGUUUAGACAUGAACCGGACAUUGUUCAUAUACCAGAUGAUCCCGCCAAGCCGAAUAUCACACUUACCGCUCAUGUCGGCUGUGAGCCCGAUUUCACCGUCCUAGAGCGCCUUGGGGUGACAAAGCUGUCUCAGUAUUUGCGCCGGGAGGUGGUGGCUAUCCAGUCCCCGGAUAACCUACCUCUGACCCAAGCUCUUGACACUCCUUUGUUUGACCAAAGUGCCAAAAAGACAUCACAGACGGCGGAGAACGCAUUGCAGAGCGAUUGCUCUAUUGGAAACCAGAUUGCAUUGCGAACACCGCGCCGCACACGGCAUGUGGAUGGUUCCCACUUCGACUUUGGUGUUGCCACAACACUGGAAAGACUGAAUGAGUCCCUCGAUGCAUUUACUCAUUGGGCCAGCCGCACGGGAGUCCGCAUCUUUGCGCUAAUCGAGCCAGAUAACCGGGUGCCUGAGGUGCUAGCCAAGGCGGAAGCACUUGGGAUCAACCUGUCUGUGACACAGUCCAACGAUGAAUAUCAGACCCGGUAUUUUUCACUGGUUUCCCAUUUGGCUCAGAACCUGCGGGAGGUAACUCGUUGGUCCUGCAUUAUCGAUGACGACACAUUCUUCCUUUCAAUGCCUGCCCUGAUUGAGGCUUUCGAGAAGUACGAUCAUACACAACCAACAUAUGUCGGCGGCGUGUCAGAAAGUGUUCCACAGAUCGGUAUAUUUGGACUCAUGGGAUACGGAGGCGCUGGCGUUUUCCUAUCUCGCCCUCUAGUUCAACGGCUGAGCGAACCCGAAGUCUUCGAAGCCUGCCAACAAAUGAUACACACAGGUGACCGAAGAAUUUCGCUUUGUGUCUACCAACACUCAAGUGCGCAUUUAACCAUCGAUCACCGAUUGCGACAACUGGACUUCCGAGGUGACGCCUCGGGAUUCUUCGAAGCUGCGAGGCAGCCGCCCCUCUCGGUGCAUCACUGGAAGUCAUGGUUUAAUACGGAUAUGGCAAAGCUCAGCAAAAUCAGUGAAGUUUGCGGCGAAGCUUGUCUCUUGAAGAAAUGGCGAUUCUCUGAUGGCUGGAUCCUGACCAACGGAUUUUCGAUAACCAAAUACAGUCGAGAAAUCAGCCCUGACGACAUAUCGAUGGAGCUCACUUGGGACGGUGAUCACGACCCGGACCGCGAUGCAUUCAUGCACGAACUUGGACCUCUACGUGACAGGGACGAGGGGAAGAUCAGCUAUAUAAUGGCGGACUCGAUCAUGGACACGGACCAAGUCCGACAAUGGUACAUCCACCGCGACCCUGAAGAUGGCGAUCAAAUCAUGGAACUGGUUUGGCAAAGGCAGUGAUUCCGCUUUCUCCCGUUUCUAUCCAUUUAUUCUAUCAUACCCUUUCCGCAGCCAGCAUCGCCGCACUUGCAUAAAUCGUCGACUUCAUAUAGACUGCAGUCUUCUCAAUACCCAAAAGGGGGUAACCGCCACGGUACUAGAUUAUGACUUUUGAUUCCAUGUCUCGAUGAUACCGCAGCUUUUUUUUUUUUUUUUUUCUCUUUCUCUUAUCCCUUUCUCUGUUCCUAUUUCGCUUCGCUGUACAUCUAAUUCAAACGCUGCCGUCGCCCCACUGCACAAAACGUUCAAAUCAGGCGCAGGGGUCGUCU